AUGUCCUCGGGUGGUCACAGUGCGUUCGCCGGCGCUGCUACUAUCGAAGGAGGUAUCACUGUAUCUUUCGAGAACAUGAAGGGUAUCGAGCUUUCAGACGACAAGAAGACCGUCGCAGUCCAACCAGGGAAUGUAUGGGGUAAUGUGCUUAUCGCUUUGUCGACCACUGGCGUCACAGUCGUAUCUGGAAGGAUUGGUGAUAUCGGCGUCGGAGGACUCACCCUCGGUGGCGGCAUAUCGUUCCUCACGAAUGAGUACGGUCUAGCUUGUGACAACGUCGCUAGCUAUGAAGUAAGUUUGAUGCGCAAUUCUACGGUAUCGUGCUCCUCUAACAUUGACCAGGUUGUCACGGCAAGCGGCAUCAUGGUAACGGCAAGCCCGACAACCUUUUCAGACCUCUACUGGGCUCUUCGCGGUGGCGGCAACAACUUCGGCAUCGUAACCAGCUUCAACCUGACAACAAAACCCCUCGAAAACGAUCAGAUCUGGGGAGGGACCCGCACUUUCACUGAAGACAAAUUCCCGAAUGUGAUCAAGGCGUGGAUGGACCUCACGCUCAACUCAGCCCAAGACCCCAAGGCCGGUAGCUGGGUUGCCUGGUUGGACAAAGGCGCAAAGCUUGCUUCAACCGAGCUCUGGUACGGCGCACCGGCUGGUAACGAGUCGGCUAUCCUCGCACCUUUCUACAACAUCACUGCCGUAGCUGACAGCACAAAAACGCGAGGCCAUGCCUCUUACGUCAUCGACAAUGAAGCUACCAACAAGUAUGGGCUUCGUGAGGUCUAUUACGUUAUCUCAGUCAAAGCGUCCUACGAAAUUGCCGAAAGCUCCGUGGACACCUUCUACGAUUCGAUCGGCGCGCUUUCCGCCGUCGAAGGCGCAUAUCCCGUUCUCAUCUGGCAGCACAUCACCGACGGUUCCCUCAAAGGCAGUACCCGCAACGGCGGCAGCGCGAUGGGUUUCGACGCCAACGGCAGCCCUAUCCACAUCAUCCAGCUAGCAUGCUCCUGGAACAACGCAGCGGACGACGACACGGUGUACCAGGUCAUGUCAGACAUCAUGGAGGCGAUCAAGAGCGAGGCGGUAAAGCUGGGUGUGCAAAACGACUGGGUAUAUAUGAACUAUGCGGCGAUGUUUCAGGACGUCAUUGCAAGUUAUGGGUCGGACAGCAAGAGUAAGAUGAAGACUGUUGCGAGCAAAUAUGAUCCGAAGGAGGUGUUCCAGAAGCUGCAGCCUGGGUACUUCAAGUUGGAUCGUGCGCCGGUGCCUGAUGCGAGGUACUUUUCGUACUGA